AUGAAUGCAUUACCAAAAUGUGAAGCCAAUUAUGUAUCUCUUACUCCUAUUACUUUCUUGAAGAGAGCCUCUAUGGUUUACGGGGAUCGUAUAUCAAUAAUAUAUGCCGGGGUCCAUUUCACGUGGCAUCAAACUUAUGAGCGGUGUCGCCGCCUUGCAUCAUCUCUCCGAUCACUUAACGUCGGCAAGAACCACGUUGUUUCAGUAUUGGCUCCAAAUAUUCCAGCCAUGUAUGAAAUGCACUUUGCCGUGCCCAUGGCAGGGGCCGUGUUGAACACUAUCAAUACAAGACUAGAUGCUAAGAACAUUGCCACCAUUCUCCGCCAUUCCGAAGCAAAGGUUUUCUUUGUAGAUUACCAGUUUGUGCCUCUGGCUCGUGAUGCCCUUCGGCUACUAAUGGAUGAUAUGCAGAAAUCUGGUUCGCCUGAAAUGUCAAUGCCACUGGUUGCAGUAAUUGAUGAUAUCGAUUCCCCGACCCAAGUCCGAUUAGGCGAGCUUGAGUACGAGGAACUAUUGUAUCAAGGGGAUCCAGGAUAUGUCCCUGGAGAGAUUAAUGAUGAGUGGGAUCCAAUUGCUUUGAAUUAUACAUCGGGCACAACAUCAGCACCUAAAGGAGUUGUGUACAGCCACAGGGGUGCUUAUUUGAGCACUUUGAGCUUAAUAUUAGGCUGGGAAAUGAAGUCUGAACCUGUUUAUUUGUGGUCACUCCCUAUGUUUCACUGCAAUGGCUGGACCUUUACUUGGGGUGUUGCAGCGCGAGGAGGGACCAACGUGUGCAUUCGCAACACGACAGCAGAAGAAAUGUACAAAAGCAUAGCUUUACACAAAGUGACACACAUGUGUUGUGCCCCAAUAGUUUUCAACAUCCUCCUUGAAGCCAAGCCACACGAACUCCGCCAUAUGACCACUACCGUCGAAAUCCUUACCGGUGGUGCACCGCCUCCAGCGCCACUUCUCGAGAAAAUAGAAAGUAUUGGUUUCCACGUCGUCCAUGCCUACGGCCUAACAGAAGCCACCGGACCUGCGCUGGUGAACGAGUGGCAAAAAGACUGGAACAAAUUUCCUCGAGAGGAUCAAUCCAGACUCAAAGCAAGGCAAGGGAUUAGCAUAUUGACACUGGCAGAUGCUGAUGUGAAGGACAUAAAAACUAUGCAAAGUGUACCCCGAGAUGGUAAAACUAUGGGUGAAAUAGUCCUCCGAGGUAGCAGUAUCAUGAUGGGGUAUUUGAAGGACGAAAAUGCGACGUCUAAAGCCUUUCUCGGAGGCUGGUUCGCCACUGGGGAUGUCGGGGUAAUUCACCCCGACGGGUACAUAGAAAUCAAAGAUAGGUCGAAAGACGUGAUCAUUUCUGGUGGGGAGAAUAUUAGUAGUGUAGAAGUUGAGACAGUGCUGUAUCGGCAUCCUAGCGUGCUCGAGGCAUCAGUCGUAGCCAUGCCUCAUCCGAGGUGGGGAGAGAGCCCUUGUGCAUUUGUUACCAUUAAAAAGAAUUACGGGGAUGUUAAAGAAGAAGAUAUUAUCCAGUACUGCCAUAAAAAUUUACCACGUUUUAUGGUGCCAAAGAAAGUGCAAUUCAUGGAAGAUUUACCUAAAACUUCCACUGGAAAAAUUCAGAAAUUUCAGUUGAGAGCUUUUGCAAAGACUAUUGCUAUUUCAGAGAAUGGAAAUUCAUCCAACAAGAAGUCAACUCAAGUCAACCGGGAACAACCCAGAUAUUACCAUCAAACUGGGUCGCAGAUUCUGGCUUCGUCUCGGUUGUAA